UACAGGAAACUUUAACUUUUCGAUUGGCUUUGCCAAUCAUUAUUUCCGAGAGGCGGUGCGUGUUUACGUACUUCUUGUUUCAGCGGUUGGCUUGCGAGGAACCGAAAGUGGGCCUUUGUGAAGAUGAACCAGUUGCAGAAUUUACUUAAUGAAUGUCUCAUAGAGACAAAGCAUGUUGAAAAUGCAGCUGUUAUUAAUUAUAAAUGUUCCACAGUGGUAGCAGCCUCUACACGAUUUAAUAUUCAGCCACAGCAAGUCCAGAAGUUUGCAGAGGCAUUUAAACAAACAAAAAGCAUCAGGGAAGAAGGACUUUACUUCCAGGAUAACAAUUACACAUGUGUCAGAGCUGACAAGAACGCCAUCUACUCAAAAAGUAAUGACCGGGGGCUGAUACUGGCUAAAACUGGAACAUAUAUUUUAGUGGCCACCUACUGUGAAGAAAUGUAUCCAAGUGUAUGUGUGGAAGCAGUGGAAAAACUAGCUGAUUAUUUAAGAGAAAAGGGAAAAUGAGACCACAAUUCUUAGAAGAAAAAACCCAGAAAAUCAUCUGCUGUUUAUUUUUUAACUGGAAAUUAGCUAGUAUGUACUUCCAUGUUGAAAAAGCAAUUUUUUAUUGCUAUAGGAUGUUAUUAAGAAUGCGUGUGUAAAUAAUAUGUGUAUAAAUUACAGUUUCAGUUGGAGGGGGCUUAAAAAGUGCAAUAUGUAGCACAUGGUGUAGCAAUUUCAUGAUGUACAUUUAUAAUGUGGUUAA